UCUCCUCCCUCAUCCCAUCUCGAAGUGUGAAAUGACUGUUAAACAGGAAGUGUCUGUUUUAGAUGACACCGGACAGCAGUUAUUUUUAUUAAUGUGUCAGUAUGGGGUCCGGUGCACUGGCUCUCAUCCUCUUGCUGAUGUCCUUCAUCCACGCUGGACUCACUCAAGAGAGACCAAAAGCUGUAUUGAAGGUGAGUCCAGAUGAGCGUGUGUUCAGAGGAGAGACAGUCACUCUCACAUGUGACAUACAGGGAGCAGGAGACAUUCAGUGGACAUACAGCUGGUUUAAAGAUGGAUACACUUUCUAUCCACACACAACAACAACAACAACAACAGCAGAGAUCAGAUUCACAGCUGAUUACAGUGCUGAAUACAGCUGUAGAGGAGAGAGAUCAGACUCACAGAGAUCAGACACCAGUGCUGCUGUUACACUGACUGUAUCAGAUUUACCCAGAUCAACACUGACUGUGACUCCAGACAGUCCUGUAUUCACUGGAGAGACAGUCAAUCUGACCUGUGUGAUUGAGUCUCACAGUGACUGGAGAUAUGAGUGGUAUAAAGACAGCACAGAAGUGUCUAAACAUCACACUGUAAACAGAGACACUCUCACUAUCAGAGGAGUAAUUACAUCUGAUCAGGGUUAUUACAGGUGUAGAGGACAGAGAGAUGAAAGAUCAGUCUCAUCACAGUUAAGCUCUUAUGUUUAUCUCUCUGUGAAGGAUUUACCCAGAUCUUCACUGACUGUGACUCCAGACAGUCCUGUAUUCACUGGAGAGACAGUCAAUCUGACGUGUGUGAUUGAGUCUGAUUACAGUAGCUGGAGAUAUGAGUGGACACCUGAGUGGAGAUAUGAGUGGUAUAAAGACAGUGUAAUGUUCCAGACGUCUGAUCGUUACACUGUAAACAGAGACACUCUCACUAUCAGAGGAGUAAUUACAUCUGAUCAGGAUCAGUACGCGUGUAGAGGACAGAUAAGAUCAGUCUCAUCACAAUCAAGCUCUGUUUUUACUCUCACUGUGAAAGGUGAGUUGAAUUUCACUGUCCUUCUGCACUACAUGUAUGAUCACACAUCCAAUCAAAAGACGUUCUCAUUAUCAGAUGUUACAUUCACAUUACUCAUAAAUAUGACUGUUCCAUUCAUUUGA